CGUGCGCGCCCAGGAGGGGCAGGCUGUCAAGUGCGGCGGCAAGGAGGGGCCUUAGGGCCGAGAGUGCUGAAUAAUACAUUUUUAAAAAUAUGGAUGAAGAACCUGAAAGAACUAAGCGAUGGGAAGGUGGCUAUGAGAGGACAUGGGAAAUUCUUAAAGAAGAUGAAUCUGGUUCACUUAAAGCUACAAUAGAAGACAUUCUUUUCAAGGCAAAGAGAAAAAGAGUAUUUGAGCACCAUGGACAAGUACGACUUGGAAUGAUGCGCCACCUUUAUGUGGUAGUAGAUGCAUCAAGAACAAUGGAAGACCAAGAUUUAAAGCCUAACAGAUUGACAUGCACUUUAAAGUUGUUGGAAUACUUCAUAGAAGAGUAUUUUGAUCAAAAUCCUAUCAGUCAGAUUGGAAUAAUUGUAACUAAGAGUAAAAGAGCUGAAAAACUGACUGAACUCUCAGGAAACCCAAGGAAACAUAUAACAUCUUUGAAGAAAGCUGUUGAUAUGACGUGUCAUGGAGAACCAUCUCUUUAUAAUUCUCUAAGCAUGGCUAUGCAAACUCUAAAACACAUGCCUGGACAUACAAGUAGAGAAGUCCUAAUCAUCUUUAGCAGCCUUACAACUUGUGAUCCAUCUAAUAUUUAUGAUCUAAUCAAGACCCUAAAGGCAGCUAAAAUUAGAGUGUCUGUUAUUGGAUUAUCUGCAGAGGUUCGGGUUUGCACUGUACUUGCUCGUGAAACUGGUGGCACAUACCAUGUUAUUUUAGAUGAAAGCCAUUACAAAGAAUUGCUAACACAUCAUGUUAGUCCUCCUCCUGCCAGCUCAAGUUCUGAAUGCUCACUUAUUCGUAUGGGUUUUCCUCAGCACACCAUUGCUUCUUUGUCUGAUCAAGAUGCAAAACCCUCUUUCAGCAUGGCGCAUUUGGAUAAUAACACUGAGCCAGGGCUUACAUUAGGAGGCUAUUUUUGCCCACAGUGUCGUGCAAAGUACUGUGAACUUCCUGUUGAAUGUAAAAUAUGUGGUCUUACUUUGGUGUCUGCUCCACAUUUGGCACGGUCCUACCAUCAUUUAUUUCCUUUGGAUGCUUUUCAAGAAAUUCCCCUAGAAGACUAUAAAGGAGAAAGAUUUUGUUAUGGAUGUCAGGGGGAAUUGAAAGACCAACAUGUCUACGUUUGUCCUGUGUGCCAAAAUGUUUUCUGUGUAGACUGUGAUGUUUUUGUUCAUGACUGUCUCCACUGUUGUCCUGGCUGUAUUCAUAAGAUUCCAACUCCUUCAGGUAUUUGAUUCUAGCAUGUAGUAUACAUUGUGUGUGCUAAAGAAAUUUGUAACUGUAAAUAAAAUGAUUCUUUAGAAAAACAAUUUGAGAAGAAAAUCUGAUUUAAAGAACUUUUUGCUAAGAAAAUAUUUUAUAAAAUUUUUUAUUUGCGUCCUGUCACAGAAAUUCCUAGACUUCAAGAGUAUUUAAUUGUAUUUAAUUUAAUUUUCUGUUACUUUGAGUCAUAAUGUUUUCAGUCAUUAUGCAUUAUUGUGAAUAAAUUACUUAAAAUGAUUAAGUUGAUGUAAUAAUCUUGUUGUUUUAUAAUUGAAGUGACUAUAGAAUCUUUGUGAUUUAAUUCUUUAAUUU